AUGACAUCCCAGAUACAAGAGAGUCCUACAUAUCGAUAUACCACGUACUCUGGGUCUGCCAAUGAAGGACAAGGCAGUAACGAUAUUGUCGUUCGUGGAGACAUGGUCGACAACUCAGGCAGAACGUCUGCAGAGCGAACCGGGAAUGCCGCAAAAGUAAAGAUAUAUGACGGCCCACCACUUCUUCCUUCAUCAUCAUACCUUUCAAUUUGCUCAUUGGAAUCACAGAAACAGUCAAGGUCUAUUCCAAAAUUAAUAAUUCUUGAUCUUAAUGGUACACUUCUCCUUCGAGUCAAGCCUAAAAGCAUAAGACCUCGCCCAUAUUUGAUCGAAUUUUUGGAUUACCUAUUUUCCUCUUCUUUUGAGGUCAUGGUGUGGUCCUCUGCCAUGCCGAAAAAUGUGAAUUUGAUGGUAGAAACCGUGUUUCCACCUCGCUAUGUGGACAGACUAAAAGCAGUAUGGAAUAGAGACAGCUUUGGACUGACUCCAACACAAUAUGGUAUCAAUUAUUUAACCGUGAAGAAUUUCGAGCUUGUUUGGAAGAAAUUAAAUGGCGAUUCAGACGAUGAGGAGCAGCACCUUAACUUUAAUACUGUAACAACAGCAACAAAGCCAAAGUGGGAUCAAACUAAUACAAUCAUUAUUGAUGAUUCAACAGAAAAGACUCAACUACAACCACACAACGCUAUACAUUUAACUAAAUUCGAUAACGAAAGAUUCGACGAGGGAAUUGACUGUGACUUAAUAAACGUAAUACCAUAUUUAGAAAGAAUAAAACGCGAAACAAAUGUUAGUUAUUUUAUCAAGAACAAUCCUUAUAAUCCUCUUACGGCAGUAAGGCAGGAUCAGGGUAGCAUGAAUAGCACGAAAACGGUCGUGGAUACGCGAAAUGUAGAUCAGCUGGCGGUCGCCACUACAGUUGUGAAUAGUAAUGGCAGGAUAAAUGAAAAGGCCGAACAGGGCAGGGGUAGGCGAAGAUGGCAAAGUAGUGCUCGGAAGAGCGAUGAUCGUAAGCAGUAUCAACGGCGCGACGGAAGAAAGUCUUACAGCAGUAGUCAAAGUGUAUCGACUUCUGAUGAAAGCCGAUGGCAUGAAAGAGAUUACAAAUAUAAAUGGCGUCGUGAUCCCUAUUACAAAGAGCGACGCCAUGAUAAUAGUAGUGAUAGUAACCGUAACAGAUAUGUUAGUUAUGGACACGAUAAUGGAUAUUAUCCCGAAUGCAAAUGUGGGUGA